AUGGCCACCAAAGAUGUCAAGAUACCCGCCCGCCCAGGCGGCCAGCUAAAGACCCCCAAAGGCACUCGUGAUUGGGUUGGCUCAGAUCUGAUUCUACGUGACCAUAUCCUUCAGACAGCCAGCGAAGUUUUCAAACGCCACGGCGGCACUCCCCUGGAUACACCAGCCUUCGAGCUAAAAUCAAUUCUCGCAGAAAAGUACGGCGAGGAUGCGCGUCUCAUGUACGAUCUAGCCGACCAAGGUGGUGAAAUCUGCUCUUUGCGAUUCGACCUGACGGUUCCGUUUGCUCGCUGGUUGGCGAUGAAUAAUGUGUCGCAGAUUAAGCGCUACCAGAUCGCCAAGGUCUACCGGCGAGACCAGCCAGCGAUAGCAAGGGGCAGGCUCCGCGAGUUCUACCAGUGCGAUUUCGACAUUGCUGGUCUUUACGACCCUAUGAUCGCUGACGCCGAGACCCUACGUGUCAUUGUUGAGGUGUUCGAGGCUCUUGAGCUAGAGGUUACUAUAAAAAUCAACCACAGACGGAUUCUAGACGGCUUGUUUGCGGUUGCAGGUGUUCCGGACGAAAAGAUACGGUCGAUCAGCUCGGCGGUAGAUAAAUUGGAUAAGAUGACGUGGGCCGACGUCAAGAAGGAGAUGGUCGACGAGAAAGGCAUUUCGGAUGAGGUCGCAGACCAAAUCGGCGAAUACGUGAGACGCAGCGGUGAUAUGAGCGAGAUGCUACAAUUUCUCAAGUCAGAUCCAAGACUGUGUGCAAAUGAAAAUGUGAAAGCGGGAAUCGACGACAUGAGUCUUCUUAUCUCGUACCUGGAGGCAUUAGACGUUGUUGAUAAGGUCUCCUUUGACCUUUCGCUUGCUCGAGGGCUAGACUACUACUCCGGUCUGAUAUUCGAAUCUAGCCAGGUUGGUAGCAUUGCCGCGGGCGGACGCUACGAUAAUCUGGUGGGUAUGUACGCUAAGAACCCCAUUCCAUGUGUUGGCAUAUCAUUUGGGGUCGACCGUAUCUUCAACAUCUUAAACGCGUGCCGCAAGAAAAAACUAACACACAAGGUCGAUGUAUAUGUCAUGGCUUUUGGCGGCAAGGAAUUCGACGGGCUGCUUCUCGAACGCAUGUCGGUGGCUCGCCAGCUGUGGAAUGCUGGUAUAUCGGCGGAAUUUGCUGCUAAGGUGAAGCCCAAAUUUGACAAGCAGUUCAAGGCGGCGAAGAAUUUACGUCUUGCUGUUAUCCUUGGCCAGGAUGAACUAGCUGCCGGUCAAGUCCGGGUGAAGGUUUUGAGAGAUAGUGAUGAUGAAUCGGAUUCGAAGGAUCGGGGGCACCUUGUAUCUAGAGGGAAUUUGGUUGAAGAGGUUAAGAAGUUACUUAUAUGA